UUAGGAAUUUGACUUGGUUCACCUUGACUCACAAAUCUCACCACCUUUAAAAACAUGAGUUCAUAUUUUUCCUUUGCCUAUAAUAACUAAAACUUCUAUGCUACCUAUUUCUCUUUUUUGUAGUUUCAAAACUAUGUUGAAGCAGCUUUUCCUUCUGGAUUUGGUGUUGAUAUUUUGUGUUCUAGUAUUGGCCUCAGCUCAAAGUGAAAUCAAUGUGAAUGCUACAUAUCGUUCUUUCAAUUCUCCAACAACUAAACAAGGUAUAGGAAACAAGUGGAACUUGAACACAGCAGGUGUGUUAUGUGCAUCUCAAGAUGGGAACAAAUCAUUGUCAUGGCGAAGCAAAUAUGGUUGGGCUGCCUUUUGUGGUAUAUGGCUAAGCAAAUAUGCUUGUGGCAAGUGCUUAAAUGUGACAAACAGAGAUAGUGGGAGUACGGUAGCACAAUUAAGAUUUCCGAUCACCCAAACAGUAAGAAUUGUUGAUAACUGUAGUCAUGGAGGGCUUGAAUUGGAUAUGGAUGUCUUUCAAAAGCUUGACACCAGUGGUUACGGGAUGUCUCAAGGUUACCUCGUGGUGGAUUACGAAUUUGUGAACUGUGUUUACAGCGAACCACACGUUCUGUCAAAGUCAAAUGUAUCAAGUAGAGAACCACACGUUCUGUCAAAGUCAAAUGUAUCAAUUAGCGAACCACACGUUCUGUCAAAUGUAUCAAUUAUAAUAUCUCCGACACCAGCACCAACACCAACACCAACAUCAACGCCAACACCGACACCGACAUUCUUAUCGCCUAAUCCUUUAUCGAAUUUUACUCAACAAUUUCAUCGUGCUACAACUGGCAGUCACUCUAACUGGAAAAGGAAUGUCAUUAUAGGUGUUGUAAGUGCGGUUAUGACCGUAUUGUUAAUGUGCAUAAUUAUUUACUGUCUUAGAAGCAAAUCAUCAAUUCGACAAGGAAAAUUUCAGUGUAGAACUAGGAAUGAAAAAAAAAUCGAAGCAUUUUUAAAAGAUCAUGGAGCUCUGUUGCAGAAAAGAUAUAAAUAUUCAGAAAUAAAGAAAAUGACAAACUCUUUCAAGGUUAAACUUGGUCAAGGGGGUUUUGGUGUUGUGUACAAAGGAAAGUUAUUCAAUGGUUGCCACGCUGCGAUAAAGAUAUUGAAUUCAUCCAAAGGAAAUGGUGAAGAAUUUAUUAAUGAGGUUGCUAGUAUUACUAGAACCUCACAUGUUAAUGUUGUCACCCUUCUUGGAUUUUGUUUUGAAGGCACAAAAAAAGCACUCAUAUAUGAAUUUAUGUCCAAUGGUUCUCUUGACAAACUUAUUUACAAUAAGGGACCAGAAACCAUUGCAUCUUUGAGUUGGGAUAAUUUGUAUCAAAUUGCAAAAGGAAUAGCUCGUGGACUAGAGUACUUGCAUAGAGGAUGUACCACUCGAAUUUUACAUUUCGACAUAAAACCACAUAAUAUUCUUUUAGAUGAGAAUUUUUGUCCAAAGAUUUCAGAUUUUGGACUUGCAAAACUUUGUCCAAGGAACGAGAGCAUUAUUUCGAUGUCAGAUCAAAGAGGGACUAUGGGAUAUGUAGCUCCAGAAAUGUGGAAUAGACAUUUUGGAGGAGUUUCAUACAAGUCCGAUGUUUAUAGUUAUGGAAUGAUGUUGCUGGAAAUGGUUGGAGGGAGGAAAAACAUUAAUGCUGAUGCAAGUCUCACAAGUGAGAUAUACUUUCCUCACUGGGUAUACAAUAGGCUUGAGCUUGGUAGUAAUUUGAGACCUGAUGGAGUUAUGGAUACAGAAGAAGACAAGAUUGCAAGGAGAAUGACAAUUGUGGGUUUAUGGUGCAUUCAAACAUUUCCAAGUGAUAGACCUACAAUGAGUAAAGUGAUUGAAAUGUUAGAAGUUAACAUGAAUUUACUUGAAAUACCACCUAAACCAUAUCUUUCUUCACCUACUAGGUCAAUAUCAGAGUCUUUUAAGUCUUAAUAUUUGAGGGUAAGUAUAAUUGUUAUAUAUCUUUUAAUCAGAGUUGGUAACCUCUUCAAAUGAAGACACUCUCCACCCUUUUAAUCAUUUUGUGAAGCAAUUAGGUUCAAGUGUAUGUCUCGAAUAGUUUUUAUACUUAUGCAAAGUCAUGAACAAUUCAUAAUGUUAUCAUCUUAAAUCA